AUGGUAACCUUUUAUCGCUAGUAGUAGAGUGCGAAAAUGAUUAGGCAACUUUAACAGCUGUGCUGUAUGCAGUGGUUGUGGACUAUUUCGAAACGCCAGACUGUCAGAAGUUUGCAUUUGUCUGCAAGCAACGUCAUGAGACAGGACUUUUUAGUUUCCCUUUUUAGCAGGAGUCAUGUUGCUAUUUGGUUCAGGCAGACUUUUAAGGCUAACACAUUUUCGAACGAAUACAAUAAUGCCAAACGACCUGUUUAAUAAGAAAACGGCGCGUUUACAUCGCAGUGCAUGCGACAGCGAGGUGAAUUCGAAUUGUGACGAUAAAACCAUAAGCGCUUCACCUGAAACUAUUACAGAUGAAGACAGAAUCAUUCAUGAACUCCAUCAGGACGCUUGUAAGAAUGAGAAAAGGACAUAUAUUGACCCUGUAACCGGAUACAAUGUGUUCACUGAGUUUGCACACAGAAAACGGGGAAGAUGCUGUGGAAGUGCUUGCAGACAUUGUCCAUACGGGCAAAUUAACGUGGAGGAUCCUGCUAAGAAGAAAACCUUCAACUCUUUGUUUUAUGUAUAGCAGUAAAUGUGAAGAUUGGCUGAACAACUCGUUUUGUGUGCUCCACGUAUUGAAUUUGGACUUCUUUUAAUGCGCAUUCGUCUUACGCUGCUCUGUUUAAAAUGAUGAAAUACGCUACACCAGAUGUGCAACCCACACUCCAGGAAAUGGUUUGAAUCACAUCUAUCCACAGUGAUUUGACUUACAGGAGCUGGUGUGCUCCUCUGUCAGAUGAAUUCCACUAGCGGGAAUUUUUGCAAUGAUGAAUAUUCAUAUGGUUAUAGGCGAUCUUAAUUUUGACAGCUGUCAAUUCUGACUACGUCCUUGCUCCUUGGAAAAUAUUCAGCCAUAAAAAACACAGUGGAGAAUAAAGUUUUUCUUAAUG